CGCUGCCUCCUCCGGGACGGCGGGGGGCGCUGCGGGCCGGGCAGCGGGGACGGCCCGGGCCGGCACUGCGAGCAGCGCAGCGGAUGGAGAGUCUGGCCGUGGCCGGCGGCGCCGCCUCCUUGUCGGGCCGGGCACGGCGGGCCGGGGCCUUUGUGUGAGGUGGCUGUGGCGAUGGUACUCAGGCCCAGCGGAGUCGGUUCACAGAUUAACCGUGCUGGUAAGGAGGCAACUUCGUAGGAGCUGCUAAGAUGGGCAUGAGGAUCAAACUGCAAAGUACCAACCACCCCAACAACCUGCUGAAGGAACUCAACAAGUGUCGGCUCUCAGAGACCAUGUGCGACGUCACCAUUGUGGUGGGGAGUCGCUCCUUCCCGGCCCACAAAGCUGUGCUGGCCUGUGCAGCUGGCUACUUCCAAAACCUCUUCCUAAAUACUGGGCUUGAUGCUGCCAGGACCUAUGUGGUAGACUUUAUCACCCCUGCCAACUUUGAGAAGAUUCUGAGCUUUGUCUACACGUCGGAGCUUUUCACGGACCUGAUCAAUGUUGGGGUUAUCUACGAGGUAGCCGAGCGUCUGGGUAUGGAGGACCUCCUCCGGGCCUGUCAUUCCACCUUUCCUGACCUGGAGAGCACGGCCGUGGCCAACCCCCUGACCAGCACCAGUGAGAGCCACUCUGGCACGCUGAGUUAUAGCUCAGCAGAACCUGCCCAUCCCCUUGGAGAACUCCGGGGCAGUGGGGAGCACUUUGGUCCUGAAAGAAACUAUGUCUUACCUAGCGAUGCUGGAGGAAACUAUAAAGAAGAAGAGAGAAAUGUUACCAGUGACACUAACCAUGGCCUGCCUCUGCCACAGCAGCCGCUGCCAUCAAAGACGGAAGACCGUGGUAACCCUGCUCCUUUCACGUCUGUACCUAAUGUGGUGACCCAGCCAGUCCUAGGCACUGUCAGCAUGGGCAUCCAAACCAGCACGAGCUCCUGCCAGCCAUACAAACUUCAGAGCAAUGGAGACUUCAGUAAAAACAGCUUCUUCUCCCCUGACAAUGCAGUAGACAUUACCACUGGGACCAACUCCUGUCUGAGCAACAGCGACCACUCCAAAGAUCCAGCCUUUGAGCAGAUAGAUGAGCUCCAGCUGGAGGACCUGGGGGAUGAUGACUUGCAAUUUGAAGACCCCACUGAGGACAUAGGGACAGCGGAGGAGGUGAUUGAAUUGAGUGACGACAGUGAGGAUGAGCUGACCUUUGGAGAGAAUGACAACCGAGAGAAUAAGGCCAUGCCCUGCCAGGUGUGCAAGAAAGUUCUAGAGCCCAACAUUCAACUGAUUCGACAGCAUGCUCGAGACCACGUGGACCUGUUGACAGGCAACUGUAAGGUAUGUGAGACCCACUUCCAGGACCGAAACUCCCGGGUGACCCAUGUUCUGUCUCACAUUGGUAUUUUCCUCUUCUCCUGCGACAUGUGUGAAACUAAAUUCUUUACCCAGUGGCAGCUGACCCUCCACCGACGGGAUGGAAUAUUUGAGAACAACAUCAUUGUCCACCCCAAUGAUCCCCUGCCUGGGAAGCUGAGUUUGUUUUCAGGGGCUGGCUCUGCAGAAUUGAAGUGUGCUGCCUGUGGGAAGGCAUUGGCCAAAGAUUUCCACAUGGUCCGGGGCCACAUCCUCGACCACCUAAACGUGAAAGGCCAGGCCUGCAGUGUCUGUGACCAGCGCCACCUCAACCUCUGCAGCCUCAUGUGGCACAUGCUCUCCCAUCUCGGCAUUUCAGUCUUCUCCUGCUCCGUCUGUGCAAACAGCUUUGUGGACUGGCAUCUCCUAGAGAAGCACAUGGCUGUGCACCAGAGCCUGGAAGACACCCUCUUCCGCUGCCACUUGUGUAGCCAGAGCUUCAAGUCAGAGGCUGCCUAUCGCUACCACGUCAGCCAGCACAAAUGCAACAGUGGCCUUGAUCCGCGGCCUGGCUUUGGGAUACAGCAGUCAGCUCUCCAGAAGCGGAAGCUGCCAGCGGAGGAACUCCUGAGCGAGGAGCUGGCUCUACAGGGCCAACCUGGGAACAGCAAAUAUAGCUGCAAAGUCUGUGGCAAGAGGUUUGCCCACACAAGCGAGUUUAACUACCACCGGCGGAUCCACACAGGCGAGAAGCCGUACCAGUGUAAGGUGUGCCACAAGUUCUUCCGAGGCCGCUCAACUAUCAAGUGCCACCUGAAGACACAUUCAGGGGCCCUCAUGUAUCGCUGCACAGUCUGUGGCCACUACAGCUCCACCCUUAACCUCAUGAGCAAGCACGUCGGCGUGCACAAAGGCAGCCUUCCGCCUGACUUCACCAUUGAGCAGACCUUCAUGUACAUUAUCCAUUCCAAAGAGGCGGAAAAGAACCCGGACAGCUGACUGGGUCGCAGCAGAGCCAAGGAGAGCUCCCAGGUGGCAGCCAGGACAUUAAUUUUCUAAUGGCUGUUGCUCCCACCCCAACUGAAGUUACAACUUUGCCUUGGUAGGAAUUCUGCCCUGUCUUGUGUUUAAAGAAGAAAAAAGAAGAAAUAGCACAUGUUUUUGAGAAGCAAUGGCCCUAUCAUGUUUACCUCCUUUCCCAUUCUUGCCCACGAAGGGCUGUGUUUUCGGUUCUUUUGAGGCCGGUCUUGGGAUCUCAUCAGGCGGUUGGUGUCAGCUAGAUCCCCUUCUCCAGCCUUGCGAGUCGUAUGCUGCUAGGAAUCCAACCAACAGCCUCACCGAAUAGAGGAGGUGGAGAGAGGUUUUCGCUGUGGGUGUAACCGCCAGAUCUCCCACUGAGACAACUGACUGUGAGAGAUUUUGGCAAUGUGUUCAUUCAGAAAAGACUAGUCAGAGGGCAGCCCACUCCAGGUUCCGGUCCCAAGCUUCAGCAGGGAAAAGGCAUCAGGGAUAGAGGUGCCUGCUUAUUCCACAGCUCUAGUCUAUCUGCUGGUUGGAGAGUAAAGUCUUGUGGAAGCUAGAUCCAAACUGGGGACUAGGCUUUCUGUUUAGACCAGAAAGCUUUGGGAUGAUUCCUUGCCAGCCAGAAGAGGUCCUUCAGUGUCAGCCUGGAUGGACAGGAAGGGAGGUUUCUCUUCUCAAUUCCAAAGAAACAUGAUUUUAUGGAGUGACGGCCCAGGACGUCAGGCCUUCCCUGUGGGGCAAAGAGGACAGGGAACCAUUUGACAUAGUCAUCUGUUAUCUCACCUCUGUCAACCUUGAGUUUUCUGGUGGAGAGGUGGGGAUGUCUCUGACAGCAGCAGCCUUGCCUUAAUUUACGCCCUGUCUCCCACCUACAUGUGUGUUUGACCUGUAGCGUAGAUGAGAAGACCCCGUGAGGUGGAGUGAUGGACUGGGAGCCCUACAGGAUUAAAGGGACCGAGUGACUGGUGGUGUGUGGUGGAAUGUGUCUCUGGCCCAUCUGGGUAACCUGUUGUUUACUUUGUGCAGCUGGGCAGGAGCUUUGGCAGCUAACUUUUGACCUGCUGGAAUUUAUCCUGAUCUGUCUUUGCAUUGCCACCAGGGGGCUCUAUUUGUUGGCCCCUAGUUCAGGCCCUCCCUAGGUGUCUGGGAAACGUUUCUGCCCAGCCCAAGCUGUUUUGUUCUUAGUUGACUUUUGAGGGGGUCUUGCCCAAAGAAGGCUUGAGUGAGAGGGCCCUUUGUCUCGCAUCCUCACUGGCUCACCUCAGUACCUCAUACUACCUCACCGCUCAGGCGUGCUGUGGGAGGCCCCGGCCUGGGCCCUGACACUGCCCCUCGUGGGACUCAGCAGCACCCGGGGCUGUUUCACAAGCAAGUGGUUUUAAUGAACUCACAAAGCCUUUUUUGACGUUAAUAUUUAUUUAUUUUUAUUUUUGUAUGCAUAUUACCCAGCAUCUCUUUUGGAUAAGAGACUUCAGGAAAAUGAGUUUCUCUCCAGCAAGGAGCCAUGUUCCAGGGGACAGUCCCGGCCAGAGAUUUGGGAAAUAGGCCAGAACUGGGAGAGAACGUGUCAUGCCUUUAAAUAAGCAAAUUCUCUCCUUUCUCUCCAGAUAGGCUCUUCCAGAAUAGACCCAGAGGACCUUUCAGGCAAUGGACGUAUGCUCUAGGAAGCUGGGGCUUGUGAAAUUCCUAGGCCUUUCGUCCUCCUUCCACCCUGUGAUGGGGAGAUUGGGGCCUGGGCUGAGCGGAUCCAGUCACAUGAAGGACCUUUUUGCACAUUUUCUCAUUGCUCCUAAACUCGGAAAGCUGCAUUAAGAUAUACAGGCAAACCAAAGCUCUGUCUUUGGUGGACCUGCUGCCUCUCUCCCCAGCCCUAAGCUUAUAAAGCCUCUGAGUUGAGUGUGUGGCUCUCUGGUGCGGUGGCCGUUACAUAAAGGGAUUUGUACGAGUGGCACCUUCACCAUCUAAACCCAGCUUGUUAAAUCUUCUUCAGACAUACUUGUCAGGAAAGCAGUGCUGAGACUUUCCAUCCCUGGCUGGCUUCUCUCUUUCUCACACUGACCAUUAGAAAUUUAAGAAGGAAAAUAUGUAAAAGAUGAGGGUCGAGUGUCUGCUAAGCUUUUCAAGCCUGAGUGAUCCCUCCCAGGCUGUUGGUAAGGACUGAUUUUUUUUUUUUUUUUAGUAUUUUUUUAAAAGAUUUUAUUUAUUCAUUUUUAGACAGAGGGGAAGAGAAGGAGAAAGAGAGGGAGAGAAACAU